CACAGUUUGAGUGAGCGAGGAGGACACGAGGCAGCCUCACUCAGUGAAGCCCGGCAGAGGCAGCAGACGUGGAAAACACCCGAGAGGAGAGGAGCGAGGAAUGAGAGAAAGCGAAGGAGCGAGAGCGUCUCUUCUUUCCUUCCCCCGGGUGUGAGGCGCGGAGCCGCCGGUGCGCCCCGGUGAUGUGAGCCGCUGCUUGGAGGAGGAAGAGCAGGAGGAGGAGGCGGGAUGGCAGAGAGGAGGAGAGCAGGCUCCAUGUGCUCCCGCUGCUUCUCACAGAGGACACCGUCACCUGGAGACGCGUCUAGCCGCAUUUUGUGGAAGUGAAAGCCCGUGUUUGUUGCUGUGUGAACUUUGGAGGAGCCGGUGGAUGCGGCGCCAUGGAGAUAAAGACGAGACUUCGCGCGCUGCUGCUGUUCAUGUGGAUGUUUCAAGGUGACACCCACAGGGUGGAGAUCCCCAGAGGGGAGCUGGAGGUGGUGAAAGGCGCAAUGGUGGUGCUACAAGCCUGGUACAGCCCCAACUCCGACAUUUCCAGGAACUCCGUCAUUUGGCAAUUCAUGGGGAAUAAGUCGAGGCAGGUGAUAAACUUCAGCUCCGGUGAGGUCGGGCUCGGUCAGAGCGAUUACACCACCAGGGUGGGCUUCAGUGCGGCCAUGCCCUCAGCCAACCUCUCCAUCUACAUCAACAACACACAGGAGUCGGACUCGGGACGUUACGUCUGCAGCGUCCUCAUCCCUAGAAGUAAUGGCAUUUCAGGAGAGAUACACCUUAAUGUCAAAGUCCCCCCCUCCCCACCGGUGUGCACCAUGACAGGAAACCCAGUGGUGAAGGGCAACGUGACGCUGAGCUGUAAAUCCAGUCAUGGAAAACCCAUCCCUCAGUACAAGUGGACCAAGGCCGCGCCCUUGUCGGAGGUUUUCUUCUCGCCGAUGCAGAAAUGGAGAACCUGCCCCCAGCCUAUGCUUGUGCUUGGGUUCAUGGACGAGAGACACGGCACCCUCAGGCUGAGCAACCUCACUAAAAACAUGUCGGGGAAGUACGUCUGCCGAGCCAGCAACACAGCCGGCUCCGACAGCUGCUCCAUUAACCUGGAAGUCAUCACCUCUUCCAACGCAGGCAUGAUCGCAGCAGCCACCCUGGGGUCAGUGGUGGGUCUCAUGGCCAUGGUGCUGUUCCUCAUAUUCAUACUGAGGAGGAGACGGGACACGGAGGAGGAGAUGGCCAACGAGAUCAAGGAGGAUGCUCAGGCCCCAAAGCGGGUGUCAUGGGCAAAGAGCAACACCGGCUCCGACAUCGUGUCCAAGAACGGCACGCUGUCCUCCAUAGCAACCAGUCCUCGAACGCGAGACCCAAACCCGCCCAACUACCACUACCCGUACUCGCCCAUCUCGGCGUCAGACACGGGCUCAGUCAUCAACGCCUACCAGCUGCGACCUGGAGAAGCCAACACCUUACAGGGACUUCCUGGUUACAACAUGGGAGGCACGCCAUCACGCAAACACAAGCGGCCCCCCUGUACAAACGGGGGCCCUCCGCAGGUUGUGAGGAGCUCUGUGGUCGGCGUCCCCAACAGGACUGAGGGGGCGCAGCCUCAGGCGCCGCCACUCGCCGUGUCCCCACAAAUGAGCUCCUCCACCCUGACGCGCACGGGAACCGUCGCCGUCAUGGUGCCGGCUCAAAGCCAAGCCGGCUCGCUGGUGUAACCACGCUGGUGGGGAAUAAAAGGACAGCGGUUGUUGUUGGGAAAGUUGAAGACCUGAAAGGUUCCGAGAGAAGAUGGUUCGUGCUUCAUUUGCACAGACGCUCCCCUCGCUUUGCUGAUCGACGUAAACGCAGCGUCGUUCAUUUCAGUUUUUCAUUUGCUGCAUUCUGUCUCACUGAAGUUUCAUUUUUAUUUACAUGCUCAGAAAGACAUUUUCAAUAAUGUGGUGAAGUAGCAUUAAAACACCAGUUACUAUAAGAUCUGUCUGGAUACUGUGAACCAUAAUGAACGGUUGAGUGCUCAUAGAGUUUGGAAGUUCUUGUAAAGUAUAACGUUUUGGGUACAUUUGAAUAAUGUAAAAAAAUAACUACAUUUGAUUUUUUUCUAUUAUUUCAUUCCUCUGUCACCUUCAGUUCACUUUUCUCAGGCUAACUGCACAAGUUCAGGGCAAAAAGUCAGCCAAAACAAAAACCACAGUUCAGGUUCUAAUAACCGUGUGUGUGUGUGUUAGUUUCUCUCUUCCUUCACUAUGGAGAGAACUUGCUGUUUGAGUUUUUCGCUGGUCGUGGUAGAUGGGAUGUAACCAAAAUCGUGACAUUGUUGAAGUAGAGAUUCUUUUUUUUUUGUUCAAAAGGUGCUUGAUAUAAUUUGAUAUUAUUACCGUAAAACACAUGAGACAAUUAGCUGAGAAUUGAGAUUGUUGGUCUUCGGACUGAAACUGGUUUGUUUUCUUGUAAUUAUACUGAACUCUGGAUUUAAUGUGGCAGUGAAUUAUCGGUGUUGACAGGCUACAUGUAGCACUUUUUAUGCAGUUCUGAUUGUUUUCCAAUAAAGUGCUCUGGAGUGGUUGA